AUGUCUCGAUUCUUCCGUGGCGGAGAUGACAGCUCUACCGACUCCUCCAGCGACGAGGAGGAGCUCUACUCCGGCGAGGAGGAGGAGGACAAGGACGUCAACCAGGCCGAUUCGGAUGAGGACUCUGACGAGGAUGCCUCCGACGACAGCGACGACUCCAGCGACGACGAGGGCGGUGGCAUCAAGGGCGCGAGCAAGUUCUUGAAAGAUGCCGACUCGGAUAGCGACGACAGUGACGAGGAGGUUCGAGACAAAGUCAAGAGCGCCAAGGACAAGCGCUUGGACGAGCUCGAAGCGUCCAUCAAACAGAUUGAGAAUGGCCAGAAGAACGGCGACUGGACCCUCAUUUCUACCGAAUUCGACAAGCUCAACCGGCAAGUCGCCAAACUACAGGACGCCGGCAAGACCCCCAAGCCUUACAUCCGCAUCAUUGCCGAACUCGAGGACUUUAUGAACGAGGCCGUGGCGAAGCAAAAAGUCACGCCCAAGAAGAUGAACGCCACCCAAGCCAGAGCCCUUAACGCCGUCAAGCAGAAGAUCAAGAAGACCAACAAGGAGUAUCAGACCCAUAUCGACGCGUACCGGGAGGACAAAGAUGACUACAUGGAGUCCGACGACGAAGAGGAGGAGGCGGCCGCCUCCAAGCCCAAGAAAAUGCCCAAGUUCGAGGUCGAAGCCGCCCCGGAGGAAAUCGACGACGAGGGUUUUGCCACGCACCUGCGGACCAUUAUGGAGACCCGUGGCAAGAAGAACACAGACCGCCUGGAACAGAUCAAGGUCAUGGAGAAGCUCAACGAAAUUGCCAACACCCCGUACCAGCAAAUCCGCGUCCUGCUCACCCUCGUCUCGGCCCGCUUCGACCUCGGUUCCGGCACGUCAAACACCAUGCCGCUGGAGCAAUGGAAAUCUGCCGAGAAGGAGCUGUACAUGCUCCUCAAGAUUCUCGACACCAACCACGAUUACGUGGUCGUCGAGAACGCCGAGGAGUGGGACGACGACGAGAAGCCGCCGACCCUGCAGCCUGGCGAAAAGUAUAUCAAGGUUUCCGGCAGCAUCGUCUCCUAUGUCGAGCGGCUGGACGACGAGCUCGCCCGCUCGCUGCAGAGCAUCGACCCUCACACCUCCGAGUACAUCGAGCGCCUGCAGGACGAGGGUGCGCUGUACAACAUCAUCUUCCGUGGCCUCUUGUACUACGAGUACCUACGUACGGACGAGUCUCUGCAGAUUCCCCAAGACAGCGUUAACCGCAUUGUCAUGCGGCGUCUAGAGCACGUCUAUUUCAAGCCGGCGCAGGUCGUCAAGACGUUCGAGGAGAACUCGUGGAAGGCGGCCGGUGACAAGGUCGAGUCCGUCAUCACCCCCCGCGCCAAGGUCCAGGAAGCCAGCGACCUGGUCGACGUUCUCUGCAACUACCUCUUCAGCAACAGCGAAGGCAUUAUUCGCGCCCGAGCCAUGCUGUGCCAAGUGUACUUCCUUGCGCUCCACGGCGAGUACUACAAGGCCCGCGACAUGAUGCUCAUGUCGCACUUGCAGGAAAACAUCCCCAACUUUGACGUCCUCAGCCAGAUCCUGUACAACCGGACGCUGGUACAAGUUGGGCUCUGCGCCUUCCGCAAGGGCCUGGUGUACGAUGCGCAAAAUACCCUGCAGGAGAUUUGCGGCAGUGGUCGGCAAAAGGAGCUGCUCGCCCAGGGCGUCAUGAUGCAGCGAUACAACCAGGUGUCUCCCGAACAGGAGCGGCUGGAGAAGCAGCGACAGCUGCCCUUCCACAUGCACAUCAACCUGGAGCUGCUGGAGUGCGUGUACCUGACGUGCAGCAUGCUCUUGGAGAUUCCUCUGCUGGCCCAGACAGGGUCGUCUCCCGACGUCAGGAAGCGCAUCAUCAGCAAGACGUAUCGCCGCAUGCUCGAGUACCACGAGAGGCAAAUCUUCACGGGCCCUCCGGAGAACACGCGCGACCACGUGAUGCAGGCGUCCAAAGCGCUGGCUGCGGGCGAGUGGAGGAAGUCGAUCAACUUUAUCCACAGCAUCAAGAUCUGGGAGUUGAUGCCCAACGCCGAGGAGAUCAAGACGAUGCUCUCGAAGCAGAUCCAGGAGGAGGGCCUCCGGACCUAUCUCUUCACCUACGCGCCCUUUUACGACACACUGGCCCUCAGCACGCUCGGGCAGAUGUUUGAGCUGGAGCCCGCCAAGGUGGCGGCCGUGGUCAGCAAGAUGAUCAGUCACGAGGAGCUGGCGGCGUCGCUGGACCAGGUGACGUCGACCGUCAUCUUCCGCAAGGGCGUCGAGCUCAGCCGCCUGCAGUCCCUGGCGCUCACGCUUUCGGACAAGGCCAGCGCUCUCAUCGAGACCAACGAGCGCACGCUGGAGCAGCGGACGCAAGGCACGGCGAAUGCCUUUGAGCGCCAAGGUGGACGCGGUCGCGGAGGAGCAAGGUCGGGCCACCGCGGGGGCCGCGGAGGUGGACGAGGGGGAGGAAACCCGCAGAGACAAGCGGGCGGCACGCAGUUUACCGGUGGUGCUCUGGGUGCAGCCGUGAGGGGCUGA